UUCAUACAGUAACACCCACUAAACCCUAGCUACAGAAUAAGAGGGUUUUUUCUUUUUCUUCCUCUUGUUGAAGAUCGCCGCCGCCUCCCUCACCACCGCCACAAACUUCGUCUCCCGCCGCCGCCGCCCCCCACCGCGACGCCAUGGCGCUCUACCGCCGUCUCCUCCUCCUCCGCCGCCUCUCCACCCUCCACCCGCACCCCUCCCUCUCCUCCUCCUCCUCCUCCACCGCCUCCCCCGCCGCCGCCGCUUCCGCCACGCACCACCUCCUCCCUCCCCACGCGCCGCUCGCACCCCACGCCCGUGGCUUCGCCUUCUCCUCCGCCGAGGAGGCCGCGGCCGAGCGGCGGAGGCGCAAGCGGAGGCUCCGCAUCGAGCCGCCGCUCCACGCGCUCCGCCGCGACCCUUCCGCCCCGCCCCCGCCGCGCGACCCCAACGCACCGCGCCUCCCGGACACCACCUCCGCGCUCGUCGGCCCGCGCCUCAGCCUCCAUAACCGCGUCCAGUCCCUCAUCCGAUCCGGCGACCUCGACGGCGCCUCCGUCGCUGCACGCGCCGCGGUCACCUCCCGCGUCCGCCCCACCGUCUUCACCUGCAACGCCGUGGCGGCGUCCAUGGUCCGCGCGGGGCGCCACGACGACGCCGUCUCCCUCUUCGACUUCUUCUUCCGCCGAUCCAACAUCGUCCCCAACGUCGUCUCCUACAACACCCUCAUCCUCGCCCACUGCGAGGCCGCCCGCGUCGACUCCGCGCUGCAGGUGUACCGCGAGAUGCUCGACAAGGCCCCCUUCUCGCCCUCCGCCGUCACCUACCGCCACCUCACCAAGGGCCUCGUCGCCGCCGGCCGCAUCCAGGACGCCCUCGAUCUCCUGCGCGAGAUGCUCAACCGCGGCCAGGGCGCCGACUCCCUCGUGUACAAUAAUCUCAUCGCCGGUUACAUCGAGGAAGAUAACUGGGACAAGGCAUUCGAGCUCUUUGAGGAGCUCCAGGGGAGGUGCUUGGUCUACGAUGGUGUCGUGCACACCUCCUUCAUGGAGGGGUACUGGAAGAAAGGAAUGGACAAGGAGGCCAUGGAGAAUUACCAGUCGCUAUUGGACAAGAAGUUCAGGAUGACCCCCGCCACCUGCAAUGUGCUGCUUGAGACGCUCUUCAAGCAUGAUAAGGACAAGGAGGCGAAUGACCUCUGGGAGACCAUGAUCGACAACCACACCCCGCCGAGCUUCAUUGGCAUCAACAGCGAGUCCUACAAUGUCAUGGUCAAUCAGUGCUUCAAGAAGUGCAAAUUCCAUGAGGCAAUUGAGGUGUUCCACCGGCAGCCCAGGAAGAACGUCCAGAUGGACGUUGGCUGCUUCAACAACAUCAUCGGGAAGCUUUGUGAGAAUGGAAUGCUUGAAGAGGCAGAGAAGCUUUUUGAGGAAAUGGAAACCAAGUCGGUGCUUCCAGACGUGUACACCUACACUUACCUGGUUGAUUCAUGCUUCAAGGUGGGCCGCGUGGAUGAUACAAUUCAGUAUUUCUAUAAGAUGGCAGACGGAAGGGAGCAUGGCCCGAAGUUCAAUAUUGGUUUCUUCAAUCGGAUGUUUGAAGGGCUUACAGAAGCUGGCCGGAUGGAUGAUGCCUUGAAGGUAUAUGGAAGGAUGCCUGACAAGGAGAUCAAGCCAAACACAACCACCUUUGAGACCCUGGUUAAUGCAUUGUGUAAGGAAGGGGACUUGGAUAAAGCACGGGAGUUGGUGAGUGACAUGGCAAAAGGCGGUGUCACUCCUCCUCCUGAGUUCCGGGAUUCUGUUAUUGACAUUUUUAAGAACGCUGGCCGGCAGGAAGAGAUUGAGAAAGCUUUUGAAGAGAAACCAGUGCCAUUGCCUCCUCAGCCAAGGCCAGAGUAUCGCCCUCGCAAUUCACCUCAGGGGCUGCCAGGAUUUGCAUCCAAUCAGACACGGGGUAGCUACAUGCCUCACCAAGGCCAACCGACAUAUGGUUCUCAACCACUUCAUCCUGGCGUUGGUGGAUCCCAAGCGAUACAGCCUCAGGGGAUGCCUUUGAGACCUCAGCAACCUGUGUUUGGAGGCCCUCAAGUUGAUAAAUCAGAGUUUGGUGGCCGCCCGUUGCAGCAUGGACCUAGCGCCCCUGAUCCACGACAACCUGGGGUUGUCUCCAUGACUCAACCUCCAAAUGUCAGUACUCCCAAUACAUGGCAGCAUUCUGGAGUUCAUGCAACUCAAGGAACACACCAUGGGAUGGGUUCUCCUCGUCCAUGGCAACAAUCAGUUGGCAUUGGUCAAGUGCAACAAACUGAUUAUAGCUCGGGUCCACCGAUGCAGCCUGGUUUUGGUCACCCUCAACCACCACAACCAAUGCAUAGUGCUCCUCAGACUCAGCAGCCUGGGUAUGGCACAUCUCAUCCAUGGCAUACAGGGUUCAAUGCUCCACAAGUGCAACAGCCUAGUUAUGGUGGACCUCAGUCAUCGCAGCAUGCUGUUGGCUCCACUCAGCCACCGCAGGCACAGUUUGGUGCUCCUCAAGCACCACCACCAUUACCUGGUUUUCACUAUCAGAACAGACCAGAGUAUGGUCAAGCAGUAGAUCAGCAUAAUCGUUUUGGGUCUCCCCAGGGUGAGCCAAGAUUUCACACACAGCCUCGACAGCAGGGAUUUGAUGCUCAGGCUCCUGGAAAUCAUGCUCUGCAAGGUCAGAACAGUUUUAACGCUCGUCGAGGACAAGUAGGGUUUGGAAAUCAAGGGGCACCGCCUGAAUAUGGGGCUUCCCCAAGCCAACCCUCACAUGGUGCUGCCUGGAACCAAAGAGGCUAUGGAUUGUCUGAAGAUCAAGAAGAUGUAAAUCAGCAAGUGGUGCCUCAUGCUUAUGCACGUGUAAGAUGAAGGAUAUCUCCAUGAUGCAUACUCAAUAAGAGCAACUCAGGUUCCUCAAGCAUCAGCUAGUUCAAUAGCAUUUGGUUUGGGACUAUUUUUCGGAAAUGAAAUCUUUUGGACCAGGGAAAAAUAUUGAGUUAGUCAUUCAACUAUGUUAACACUGAUUAUACGUUUGUGAUGGUUUAGUCACCAAUUGGUCAACUCAGUAAUCAUAUUGCUAGAAUAUUUUGUGCUUGUCAACUUUGACCUUUUUCCUCUCUCUAUUUUCCUGAAAGAAAGGCCAUGCUGGUAUGCUUGUAUGUAUUUCUCACGUGUGGGAUUCUUUUUUUGUUGCUUGGAUUAGUUAUGCUCUCUAUUUACUCACUGCUCCAGUAAACUUCAACGGUAUGCAAAAAGAUACAUUUCCUUUUGUCAUUAAUGACUUUCUUACUCUUA